CUUGCCAAGGUUUACUGGCUGUGUAGCUCGGCUCCAGCAGGCUUUAACUUGGAGUCCCCGCUGCAUUCCCCAUAAGUUUUCCCCGCAUAAGCCAGAGAGGGAAGGUAAGCCACCCGUAAAGCUCCUGCACAUCAAUUAAGGUCCCCUCAUUCAGCAGCUCAUACUCUCUUCUUUCUUUUCUUUAAAAAAAAACCACAACAAUCAAUCAUGAGGUCGAACGUCAGAAGAGCAGCACCGUUGAUCCGGUCUGCUAUCCAGCUCCAGCGAAGGAGCUUCUCAGUCUCCAAUGACAGACAGGCACAGUAUGGCUUCAUAGGCCUCGGGCAGAUGGGCUAUAAUAUGGCUCGCAACUUGCAGGCCAAGCUGCCUUCUACAGAUACGCUUCGUGUUUAUGACAUCAAUGUCGAGUCUGUUGACAGAUUCGCAAAUGAUACCAAGGGAUUAGAUGGAGCUUCCGUGCAAGUUGCGGCUACAGCUAGAGACGCUGCCGAGGACUCUGAAACAACAAUCACCGUUCUCCCCGAACCCACUCACGUCAACAACGUCUUCGGGCAAAUCCUCAAGCCCCCGCUCUCCACAUCAGUCGUCUCCAACCCUGACCGCCUCUUCAUAGACUGCUCUACCAUCGACCCGUCCUCCUCUCGCGAAGUCGCCAACGCCGUACACGUCACACAGCAAGGUCGUUUCGUCGAUGCACCCAUGUCCGGCGGCGUCGUCGGCGCUACAGCCGGGACGCUCACCUUCAUGCUUGGAGCCCCAGACACGCUGCUCGCCCGCGUCGAGCCAAUCUUGCUCAUGAUGGGCAAGAAAGUCAUACAUUGUGGUCCUCAAGGCGCUGGCUUGUCGGGAAAACUAGCGAAUAAUUACUUACUUGCUAUCAACAAUAUCGCUACGGCCGAGGCCAUGAAUCUAGGUAUCAAAUGGGGCCUUGAUCCCAAGGUUUUGGCCAAUUUGAUCAAUGUCAGUACGGGCAAGUGCUGGCCUAGCGAGAUCAACAACCCCGUCAAGGGCGUGAUAGAAAGCGCGCCUUCGAGUCGGGAUUACAAGGGCGGCUUUGGGAUCAGUCUAAUGAGGAAGGAUUUGAAUCUGGCGAUUAUUGCUGCUGCUGAGGCGGGGGCGAAGCUAGAGUUAGGAGAUAGGGCGAAAGAGGUUUAUGAGAGUGCUGAGAAGCAGGAGGAUUGCAAGGGGAGGGAUUUCUCGGUUGUUUAUAGAUAUAUUGGGGGUGCGGAGUAGGUCUUUGAAGUACCUCGAGCACUUUUGAGAUGCAUUGUGAGGCUUUGGCUCUGUACAUAUGGAGUAAAUUUAGACUAUAUGGCCCAAAAUAUGGAUCAUCACCUACCUUCCGAUAGCAUAAGCCUAGUGCAGUUGAUUGUUUUAUUUUGGAACUUCGCCAAUCCAACUUGGACUUGUUGUUCUAUGUCGCUUAGAAUACCGAGGUGAUUGGUUUUGCUCAAGGAUAUUUGGGCCUAUGCACUUCAUCGUUGAUUUCAUCUAUCUGCCUCUGGAUCUUCAAGAUAAUGUCUUGGUUCCCUAUCGUCGAAGAGGCUUUCUAUUGUGUCUAAAAGUACUGUUCCAGUUUGGAAACAUGUCAUGCAUAGAGAGUCUGUAGAUUAUUAGCUAGGUUAAAAUCUACUUGAAAGAGCUUGUUCGCUUGUGAGAUAUCACUCCCAACUCCAUGAUGCUGCUUGGAA